AUGGAAGCAGAGGAGCGGCCAAGCAAACUACAAAAGACAGAGCACGAAGCGGGCGACUCUACUGUGGAUUUUCCAAUGUCAAGGGUUGUGCAAGAUCCAUCAAUCAAUGAUGAUAAGCACAAAAUUGAUGCAAAGUCUGAAGGGUGUACACAAGCUGCUAUAGAUACUGCUAUAGGUACCACCGCAGAUCAGAUUCAGCAGCCAACGCUAUCUAAAAACCAGUUGAAAAAACUUGCAAAACAACGCAGGUGGGAGGACCAAAGGGAAAGGCGAAAGGAGUAUCGCAAAGAGAAGCUACAGAAGAAAAGAGAACGGAGCAAAGCCUUGAAAGCUGAACUUCAAGCCAAUGGUGUGGCUUUGAUACCUGGAGUGCAUGUUGAGGGAAUACUGCCCGAUAAAAAUAAAAUCAGAAGAGAAGCUCGUGCCCGGGCAGUUAAUGUCCCGCUGACCUUUAUAAUUGACUGCAAUUUUGAUGAACUCAUGCAUGAUACUGAGCUCAAGUCAUUGUCAUCGCAAAUUACGCGGUCAUAUUCGGAUAACGCAAAGGCAGCCUACAGAGCCAGCCUAGUUAUAGCAUCCUUCCACGGCAAGUUGAAGGAACGGUUUGAUACCGUGCUUUCCAAAAACCACGAGAACUGGAUCGGUGUUAAGAUUACACAGGAUGAUUUUGCUACAGCGGCAGAGUCUUCCCAGCGGCGGAUGCAUGAGAUACGCCAUCCAAAUUUACAAGGAGCAUUUGCAGAAAAGUCCGAGUCCAAGACCCUGAAGGAGGAAGGGGAGGUGGUGUAUCUUACCAGUGACAGCCCAAAUACCCUGAUGGAACUCAAGCCCUACAGCACCUACAUUAUCGGAGGAAUUGUCGAUAAGAACAGACAUAAAGGAAUUUGUUAUCAGCGAGCCAUGGAUAAAGGAAUGAAAACAGCCAAGUUGCCCAUCGGAGACUACAUGCAAAUGGCUAGUCGAUUUGUGCUCGCUACCAACCACGUCAUGGAAAUAAUGUUAAAGUGGCUUGAACUGAAAGAUUGGGGGAAAGCAUUCUCUCAAGUGAUGCCAAAGAGGAAAGGAGGCCGGCUGAAGAGCGAAGUGUCUACCCCUGGGAGUUCUGAAGCUGUACAUGACACUCAUCCUGGAGGGGGGAAAAUAUUAGGUGCCGAAUCAAGAGCGGGUGCAGAUGACGCAGACGGAGAUGCCAGGGAAGAAGUAGAAGGAGGAUUGAGAAUGGAGACAGAAGAGCUGACGGGAAACGAGAGAGAGCACGGAUAA